AAUCAUCCAAAAUGUCUGGAAAGCGCGGUCGAGGUUCUACCUCCGGUAACAAGCUCAAGAUGACUCUUGGUCUGCCAGUCGGUGCUGUCAUGAACUGCUGCGACAACUCCGGUGCCCGUAACCUGUACAUCAUCUCCGUUAAGGGUAUCGGUGCACGUCUCAACCGCCUGCCCGCUGGUGGUGCCGGUGACAUGGUCAUGGCGACCGUCAAGAAGGGAAAGCCCGAGCUAAGGAAGAAGGUCAUGCCCGCCGUCAUUGUCCGCCAAAGCAAGCCCUGGAGGCGGGCGGACGGAAUCUACCUGUACUUUGAGGACAACGCCGGUGUCAUUGUCAACCCCAAGGGUGAAAUGAAGGGCUCCGCCAUUACUGGACCCGUCGCCAAGGAGGCCGCUGAGCUGUGGCCGCGUAUCGCCUCCAACUCCGGUGUCGUCAUGUGAGGUGUCUCUUUUCCUGCUUUCGAUAACAUUCAUGGGUUUAUGGGCACGGCGAAAAUGCAUUUACGGGGUGAAGGAAUUGGGCGACGACAUUGCGGCUAUGAUUAGCAAUGGGACGACCUUCACAAUACCAGUCAAAUGAACAUUACGACCAAACCACAACCUG